UCCGUUGCGGUCCCUCCAACUCUUAACCGUCGCCGGUUUUCGACGGAGAUAGCCGAACACCGAAGUCGAUGCUAUCCGGCAAUUGGCGGAAUCAGGUAAACAUGGCUGCGCCCUAUAAGCCUUGCUAGCGACAGUGUAUUUUAGAGCACCAUGCAGCAAUACACUCCUUACAUGUCACACAAAUCAUGCAGCAUCCUACUCCUGAGACAUGGAGCCUCAUCACCAUGUAGCCAAAUACUCCAGAGAUGUUAUACAUGGUUUGACAUUUACACAAUGACAACACUGCUGUUGUUGUUGUUUAACCCCAAUUGGACCUUUUGUGAGAAGACCCAUCAUCAUCCUUGCAGGAUUUUUGAGAAGCCAUCCAGUAUCAGAAGUUUUUAAUGAAGAAAAUGAUGAUAGAAAUUUUUAAAGUGAAAGUUUCAAACUAUUUAUCUUCGGCUGGAAUAGUUUCCUGAAGACAUGAAAGACUGGUGCUGCAUCAUAUUUAUAUAAUUUCUUUCUUUGUUUGCAUUUACUAAUUAUUUAAGAUCAGGGAAAGCAAACUAAGGUUUGCUAACGAAUUUGAAAAAAAAAAAGAAAUCAAAUAUAUAUGUAUUGAUAUAUAUAUAUAUAUCUAAAAUCAUGGCAAGUACAGAAAGUACACUAGAAUCUGAUAAUUUCCCACUGAGUUCUGAAUCCGAGUUUUCUAAAAUAACGGCAUUGGAAGACAUGUCGACGACAGACGAAAGCAUGAAUGCAACAACUGACGAAGCAGACAACUCGUGGGAGACGACCAAGUCGGUGUUAACGGCAACCAUAAACAAGGUGAACAUUUCCGAUUCGGCACAGGGGAGUGUGGGGAACUCAAAUUUCACAGUAAACAGCAAUAGUAACGAUUCAAUGAACAACAGCAACAACCAACCAGAGGGUUUAUUCUCUGUGGCAGCUAGUAGCACUCUCAUAAAGACAGUUGUGUUUCCGGCAGCAAGUGCCAACGGAGGUGACAAACCUUACAAAUGCGACACGUGCGAAAAAGCAUUUUCAUUGCGCCGUGCCCUUAAGGCACACAAACGAGUACACACAGGGGAAAAACCAUUCAAGUGUGACACAUGUCCGAAAGCUUUCAGCCACCAGGGGGCACUGAAAGCACACAAGAGGGUGCACACUGGAGAGAGACCAUUCAAGUGUGACGUGUGCGACAUGUCAUUUUCACAUCGCUCCACUCUCAUCACUCAUCGAAGGACACACACCGGUGAGAAACCGUUCAAGUGUGACCUCUGUGACGAGGUUUUCUCCUACCGCCAAACAAUGAAAUCUCAUCGCAAAAAACACUUUUUGGCAGCAAAUGCCAAUGGUCUUGGUGCGACCAAUGCAACAGCUCACACCAUAGUGAAACGAAUGAGAUGCGACACGUGCGGUUUGGAGUUUGCCUCAAAAGAGGAAGUGGAGACUCACAUUAUUGAGGUCCACGUGGAAAAGAAGAUCUUUAACUGUCUGACUUGUAAAAAGAAUUUCCCCACAUCUUACAGUUUGGAGAAACACAAAUUGAUGCAUUUAGUAACAAAUUCCUCAAGCUGUAGGUCUGUAUCUGGCAGGGUCCCAAACAAAUCAGGCAGCAAUGGUCCCAGUACUGCUGCUGUUGCUGCAGCCGCUGCUGCUGCCGCCGCUGCUGCUGCGGCCGCUGCAGACGCCAGUUCCGUAGUCGGUGAUACGACUGAAGAACGGGUUGCGUCGUUCUCACAUGUGCUGAAACAGCAGAAAUCAAACAGCAGCAGCAGCAGCAGUCACACCGCUGUCACCACUACUACCACCACCACCAUCCUCACCCCCAACAACAACAACAACAACAGCAACCAUCAUCACAACAACAGUAUCACUAUCAACAACAUCAGCAACAACCACUUGAACAGCAGCGAUAGUCGCAGUUGCAGCAUCGUUGUCAACAGCAACAGCAGCAGCAGCAAAAGCAUUGGCAACAACACCCCUACCACUGCCACUCCCAUCAUCACAACCACAGCAACAACUAUCAGCAACAGCAUCAACACCAACAUCCCCACUAAUAUCCCGACCACCACCACCACCACCAUCACAAACAACAACAACAACAACAGCAGCAAAAACAACAACAUUGUCACUGCAAAUCGCAUUCAUAUUGAAGAGUGUCCUUACAAGUGUUGCAUCUGUAACGAGGGUUUCCCCUCAAUGAAGACCCUAACAGAGCAUGAACGGACCCACAACGACGACAUGUCGAUGAACCUGCUGAUGCCGUCAUCGCUGCUGUCAUCAUACACGUGUGACAUCUGCGGUGUGGUGUUCUCGCAGAAGUCGAACCUCAACGCUCACAAACGAAGUCACGGGGAAGAGAAAUCUCUGGAUUACGGUUCCACAUCGGCCGUUGUUCCGCAGAAGGACUAUUCUGACUCACCUUUCGAGUGUACGAUAUGUGGUGCCCUCUUCACCAACAACAUGUGGUCGAGUAGCUCAUAACACGUGCACGCACAAUGCACAGAUACACACCUGUAAGCACACACACACCUAGAUGUACACAAAAGCACAUAUACUUUCAUAAACUACAGGUGUAUAUACACUUCCAUUCAACACACAGGAAGUAGACUUGCACACUUAUUCUAGACAUACAUACACAUAUACAUACAUAUACAUACACCCCUUCCCAAAUACAUGUAAUGCACUCUCAAACACACAACUUCACAUACACGCAUACAUGCAAUGUAAGCAACUCAAAGUUACACAUGAACACCAGCACACACACACACACACACACACACACAAGCACACAUUUCACGAGGAAGUGUCUUUUAAACACUAAUACGUUAUAAUUACUAUUACUACUAAAUAAUAAUAACAAUAACGAUAAUUAAUCUUGGCUUGGGUAAGUCGCAAGAUAUGUGGGGAGAGAAGUAGGGUGUUAAUGAGGUUCUCAUCACAUCAAGGCCUCUCUUUCUCUAUUUUAAACUCUACAAAGCUUGCUACAAUUAGCGACAGAUAAUAAUAAUAAUAAUAAUAAUAAUAAUAAUAAUAAAUAAUUGGGUGGGACUGGCCAGAGUGGCUGGAGAAUGGACUGGAAUACUUCAGCAUCACUGCUUCGGUGCCUGUUUUCUUGGAUCCUGUUGAAGGAUGAUGGAAGUCAGUGGCAUAGGUUGGCAGACGUGGGGCUCUUGAUAAAAUAUAUUUGGCGAGGUUGAUGGGAUUUUUUUAGAACUUACCUUUCUACACCCCUCCCCCCUCGCAUCUGCUCUCACUUU